AUGGCUUCAAUACUGUCCGCAGACGAGUACAACGACAUCAUCCACAUCAACCGACCGGUCAAGACCAGACCCGGCCAAGUAUUCAUCUCCGCAGACUCCCCAGCCCAAAUCCUCCAGAUCUGCCGAGAGCAGACACUCGCGCAAGGACGCAUACUCUACGAAGUUCACGACACCGGCUCUCCGAUAGUCGUAGGCUACAUCGUACCGAAUGCAGUCUCGCAACUCGCGGCCAACCACAAGGAUGGCGUAAACCUCCGAAGCUGGGACAACUACAACUUUGACCAACAGAGGAAGCUGAGACGAGCACAUUGGCAGCUGCGAAAGCAGUUUCCGCGACUACCUGCAAUCGCCGCAAAAGACAUUGCGCAGCAAGUGGUCAGCGAGGGUUGGACGGAUGACAAGCAGGAAUUAGAGAUCACAGUGGCAAAAUAUGCUUUGCAAGAGUGGACCAGCUUUGAAUUCAGACUUGAAGCACUUGUCGUCAAAUUACCAGCAUUGCCCGAUGCAAGCACCAUCGGCGCCGACGAGUUCGACAAAGCGAAGGCUGAACGUGACCAAGAGAUUCUGCGACUGGCAAAACAGGUCUUCCGACAGGUCAAGCCGCGCUUUCGGGAGGUGUUGCGAUCUUGGCUGCCUGUACACACAGGUCAUCGGGAGCUUUCGGCAUUGUAUCGAAGACGUAAGGUCGCUGCUACUGCCGCCAGAGAGGAGACGGUUGGACUGAGAAGUCUCAGCAUGCCCGCGGGAAUUGGACUGAUGCAUCAUGGUGGGAUGGAGACUAUUGCGAAUAUCAUGCUGCAUGCGGAUGUCUUCACUUGA